AGGUCUGUGGCACUUUUUGUCCUCUCUUGCGGAGAUUUGUAGAUUUUAUUCAAAAAGUGCCUUAUACUACGAAAUCCUUUUCUCCGCCAUUAAUCUUUUCUCUUCUCUUCUCUUCUUUCUCUCUCUCUCUCUCUCUGCGAUCAUGCUUCAGAGUUUACUUCCUCAAUCCUCCAUUAAUGCGAAUCACAACUCUGCCUGCGAUUCCACGAUGAGAAACAAGCGUAUAGAUCGUGAAUCUCGUGUCGGCGAAUCAUCCGGUGAAAACGAAGAUGAUCGAGCUCGGAAAAGACAGAAUUCAGGUAAAAAUCUUGCCGUAGAGGAAGAAAUUGUCGUCGUUGGAGGUGAAUCUCAUGGUCUCAGGCUUCUAAGACUACUCCUUCAGUGUGCGGAGGCUGUGGCCAUGGAUAACCUCGACGAAGCCACUGAACUUAUGCCAGAGAUAUCUGAACUCUCAUCCCCGUUCGGUUCUUCACCUGAACGCGUCGCGGCGUACUUCGCUCAAGCUCUGCAAGCUCGGAUCAUAAGCUCGUGUCUCGGUACGUACACUCCACUCAAUCACAAAACCCUAACCUUAGCUCAGAACCAGAGGAUCUGUAGUGCUCUUCAGUCUUACAAUUUGAUCAGUCCUUUGAUCAAAUUCUCCCAUUUCACUGCGAAUCAAGCUAUAUUCCAAGCCCUAGAAGCUGAAGAUCGUGUCCAUGUUAUCGAUCUGGAUAUAAUGCAGGGCCUCCAAUGGCCGGGACUGUUCCACAUCCUCGCUUCGAGAUCGAGGAAGAUCCGUUCCAUGCGAAUCACUGGUGUUGGAUCAUCGAUCGAGCUUCUCGAGGCCACCGGUCGACGACUCUCUGAUUUUGCUAACUCCCUUGGUCUACCAUUCGAGUUUCAACCGUUGGAAGGCAAGGUUGGGAACGUCACCGAUCUGAGUCGACUCGUUCCGAGGCAACACGAAGCGACAGUUGUGCACUGGAUGCACCAUUGCCUCUACGACGUAACCGGGUCGGAUCUGGGGAUGCUGAGGCUUCUUAGGAUGUUGAACCCGAAAUUGAUUACGAUUGUUGAGCAAGAUCUGAGCCAUGGAGGGAGCUUCUUGGAGAGGUUUGUGGAGGCUCUGCAUUACUACUCGGCGUUGUUUGACGCGCUGGGUGAUGGUCUGAGUUUCGAUAACUCGGACAGGCACCAGGUGGAGCAGCAGUGGUUCGGGUGUGAGAUCAGGAAUAUUAUAGCGGUUGAUGGGCCGAAGAGGACGGGUGAGGUGAAGGUGAAGAGGUGGGGGGGCGAGUUGAGUAGAAUCGGGUUCAGACCGAUUUCACUCAGUGGGAACCCAGCUGCUCAGGCGAGUAUGUUACUUGGUAUGUUCCCUUGGAAGGGGUACACUCUAGUGGAAGAGAGUGGGUGUUUGAAGUUGGGUUGGAAAGAUCUACCUUUGCUCACUGCCUCCGCUUGGCAACCGUCCGAUUGAAAAGAGAUCCUGUUUGAACGGUGAUAAAGCUGAAGUGGUAGACUUUGGUUUGUGGAAUGAAAUGCAGUGGAUCAAAGGGACCCAUUCAGAUCACGAUUCAACUGUGCUCUUGCAGCAGUGCAACGUGGAGCACAUGGAUAGUGGGUCCCACUUUUGUUGAUAAACGGGGUAGGAGGAUCAAGAAGUUGUAUCACCAUUGGAGGGGUGGAAAUCUUUCCAUCGUACGUACCAUCGGGAUCAUGGGGUGGUGGGAUCUAUCGUUGCAUGGGGGCCACGUAUUGGUAACCGGGAUUGGGCGGUGGAGAUGGAUGACAGAAGGUAGCAAUUUUUUCAAUUUUGAUUUGAUUGAUUUGAUUGAUGCAUAGACAAUUGAAAAUAUUCUCGCUGUCUCCUUGUCU